AUGGUAAUGUUCCGUGGGCCUUCACAAGAUCUGUCAUCUAGCUCUUCAGAGACGAGUAAGUUUAUGGGGGAAGUAUCAGACGAGAUGGACAACUGUGAGAGCGAGUCUUCUGGUACGGAGCAAUCGUUUAGUACUGCGUAUGCCGCUACACCUCCAGUUCCUAGGAAGAGAUCUAGGAAGGCUCGUUUCAUCGAGCGAUUCGACAGUGUCAAGCUGACCGAGGCAAACCUCACUGCUCUGCAGACUGGCUAUAAGCACAUAAUGCUCAAGCCUGCCUUCAUCAUAGACAACCAUUUCCGUUUCGAGCCGUCACCAGGCGCAAAGACAUUCCGCAUCAGUCGCAAGCCACUUCCGGAUUCUGCGCGAGAAGCUGUGCAAAAGGUGAAAGACGAGACAGGAGCAGCUCAAGAUCAGACGCUUACAAAUCCAAUGCAAGAACAUAGACCAUGUUUUCCUCGCUCAAAUACCAACUUCACAGACUUCUUACCGUACCACCAAAUUGGUACAUGGCAACAGGUUGACAACGAAGAAUGGCAGCGUCAACGUGCGCAUUCCAUCUCUGCUAUUGCCGUUGGUCAGAUGAAGAAACUUAGCACGAGCUGCGAUGGCCUAUCUACUCAGAGUAGGAAGACUGCGGGUCAGCUGAAGGGGGUGAUUGUAAGGUCGUUGAGCGAGGCAGAUUGGAACGCCGCAUGUAGGUUUCCCUCAUGUUAG